CAAAGAUGGAGAGGAACAUAAUUCUCCCCGUCAGUAUAUUGAUAAAGAUUUCGGACAUGUCUUUUCGGAAACUUACGUGGAUUCAUUACAUGAGUCUGGAAACGGAUAUGAAAAUACAUUAAGAGGAGAAGCAGCACACAAACUUUUCGAGAUGGGAUUUCUUCCAAAUAUCAUUCAACAAGCAAUUGACCGUAUCAAUAGUUAUCAAGGUCAAUAUCCAGAGAUCACUCCUGAAGUUAUCCUAGAUGAGAUUGAAAAAAUCAAGAACGAAGAAAAUGUUUCAGCCUCCAAAUUGAAAAGACCAAUAGAUGCUGAUAAUAUAAAAAACAUUACGAUUCCUCAAGAUCCUGAAGAUCUACGAAAAGAAAAUCAUGAGAUGCGUCAGAUGUUGCUGUGUAAAGCCUGUAAACUGGUGGAUAUCAGCCAUGUUGUACUAAGCUGUGGUCACAUGCUGUGUGAGGGCUGCCUUAAGAAUCUAAAGAUUUGUUGGAGUUGCAAAUCUGAAAUCGGAAAGGUGCACAAAGUACGGUUUGAUAGGGAUUAGAUAAGAAUAGUUAGCUAGUGACAUGGUCCGUAAUGUACCAUAAAUUUCAAAAUAGAAAAUUUUAAAGGUAUCUUAACUGCAAAAUUUAAGUGAUGAUAUCUUUUUAGAUGAUAAAAUUUUGAAUGUGUAAAUGAAUAAGAGUAAAAAUUUCUAUUCUUCAGCCGUAGAUAUACGAUCGCGAGGAAUGUCCCUUAAAGUUGUAGACAACGAUUAAAACUUUGUUAACAUGCAACCAAUAAUAACCAAUUUUUGCAAAGAUAAUAUAUAUUCAAUGUUUUUAAAAACUGUUAUCGCCCGUGUGGCGCGCAGUGGUUAGAGGCUCUACUCUAGAGUCGUGAAGUAAGGAGUUGAUCCUUAUGUCAUGGGUUCGAAUCCCACUGUAAGACAUGGAGAGCGGUCCUCCGGAUGAGACUGUAUAAACCGGGAUCCAGUGUCGUAGUAGGUGCUGGCACGAAAAAGAUCCCUCCCUGUUCAAUGGCCCUGAGUGCCGAGAACAGGACAGAAUAUGCAGUUCUCCACCGAUAAGUGGUGGCGUCUCCAUAUGAGCGAAAAAUUCUCGAGAGGGACGUUAAACAAUAUACAAUCAAUCAAUGAAUCAAUCUUUUAAACUGAAUAUCUUUCAUAUUAA